AUGUCUUUUCUUCGAGCAUUCGUGGCUGUCCUCUUGUCCUCGGCUCUCGCCGCGCCCUGGCCGACGGCCAAAAGAGAUCCCGGUCAAUGGGCCAGAGAUACCCUCUACCACGAGGUCUGCGAAGUACACCACGAUGACACGAUCCCCAGGAACAAGUCCAUCAUAAACUGGGGGGUCAAGGCCAAGACGUCACCGACAAGGUAUCUGAAGCCGCACCCGAAGCCCUUCGGCAAGGAUGUCGCCAAGUGGCAGAAGGCCUUUUUCGAUGCGGCGUCCGAUGCCUCGUCAGGCGAAGACUCCGAUUUCGACUUUGACGAGCACCUCAGCGAACCGGAGUUAGAGCCCCUACACAAAGGGGCCCCGACAGCCAUCACUCACUUCUAUCCGAAGCCCGUGGCGGCGGACGACAAAGACGGCCAAUUGAAGCAGGAGAACUAUAUGCGGUCUUUGAAACGGCUCGUCGACGCGGGCGAUCAGCUGGUCGUGUACGCGCCGCCAGAAGUCGCGUCCAAAAUCAUAUCAUGGCGCAGUGAGGCCGACGGCCUGCUCGUCAUUUCGGACUACGCGAACAUCUGGGACUUUCCUAACAACAAGUACCAGCAGAAGAACUUCGAGCAGGUCCAGCCAGCGUUGUUCGCUAAGUUCGACGGAUACAUGCCUUCAUCCUUAUGGAGACCACAGCCGUGGUACAAUGACCCAUUCCUGAGCGCCGUGUAUAAUGCCAAGGCGGCGGUGAUAUGGGAAGCGGUGUUGCGGAACCCGUUCGGGUCCACUCAGUUUGCGUACGUCGACGCCGGGCUAUUGGGUAAACCGGCACCCAGGGACACGCGGGGACGGGAAUGGGGUAUGGUGAUGGAUAAUGGCCUCCUGGUUAAGGACAAGCUCGCGAAGGGCAUCGACCAUAUCGAUGACAGGGGCGUGCUGGUGGCCCAGUACGCCGAUGCGCCGGCAGGGCUCAUGUCGCCGUGUUGGAGUAAACCGACACGGACGUGGGCGUGUAAGCACUUUGUGGCGAGUGUGAUGGCGGGGUCAGCGGUGCGGAUGCUGGAGAUGAGCGUCAAGCUCAUGAAGACGGUCGAUGACAUGGACGCCAACGGGGUCUACUCGGGUCGCGAGGAGUUUGUCAUGUCCUUCGUAGCGGCCCGGUACCCAGGGACAGUCUUCAGCAUUCCGGAAACUGACAUUCCGAAGAAAUACAAGUUGACGACGUGGACGCCCAUGAAGGUGGCUUUCACGUCCGAUGGCGACCCCACGGCGACAAUCGACCCGGUCAAGGAUUUGUUUUGCAAAGCGGGUUGA